CUAUCUUAAAAUAAUAAGAAAAUAAUCAAUUAAUAUGAAAGUUCAAAGUCACUCAGUAUUCUGCCGAGUCUCUUAUAAUUGAAAUAUUAUACUUAGUACAUGUGCUCUCGUUUUGGAACUUCAAGGAACCGGCAUCAGUUUUUCCACAAGGCACAAGGCACAAACGCGCGCAGCAUUAAUCAAUUGUGCGAGGCACUUCGGCUCUUCGGCGCACAAUUAGUUCAAUCAGGAAUCAUGUCCUACUACUCUGUCUUUGCAAUAACUGGAUAGAAUCAACCAAGGAAUCAACGAAGCAUUCAAUAUUCUACUUAUGUGUUAGUGAUUUUGCGAACUGGCUGCUGAGAGCUGUCAGCUAUCACUUGACGGCACAGCACUCGGAGUCGGAUAUUGGAAGCGGCCAUCUUGUGUUAUAUUGAAUAUGGCGGGAACUAGUACUGAGCAAGACACUCGCUUCAGCGACAAGGAAAAGAAGCUAAUGAAGCAAAUGAAGUUUGGUGACUGUUUGACCCAGCAGGUGGACAUGUCCAAGGUGAAGCUGGAUGUUUUGAAGCCAUGGAUCACUCAGAGGAUCACUGAAAUACUGAAGAUGGAAGAUGAUGUCGUCAUUGAAUAUGUCAACAAUCAAUUGGAGGAAAAGUUUCCUUGCCCCAAGAAGAUGCAGAUCAAUUUAACGGGAUUUCUCAAUGGGAAGAAUGCGAGGCUGUUUAUGGGGGAAUUGUGGGAGUUGCUGCUGAGCGCCCAGGCCAGUGAAAAUGGUAUACCCGAAUCGUUCACUCAGCAGAAGAAAGAAGAAAUCAAAAAGAGGAUGGAAGAGCAGCAAAAGGACAAGGAGAAAGACAGGGACAGGCGUCGCUCGCGGUCUCGCUCGCGCUCGCGGCGGUCGCGCGACCGGCGCCGCUCCAGGUCCAGGUCGCGAGAUCGAUCCAAUGACAGGAAGUAUCGCAGCGGUGGCAGCCCCCGUCGGGGCCGGCGCAGGUCACGAGACCGCAGUCAGCCGAAGACGACUCAUGUCGAUGAAAUCAAACUACCAGAACCAAAAGAAAACGGAAAAUCGCCAGAGAAGCAAGAAGAAGUGGAAGUUAAAGAAGAGAAUCACGUGGAGCAGAACAACCAUCUCGACGAGUCGUCGAAGGAGGAGCCAGUCGCGGAGGUUCAAGAUGCCGAAGAGAAGAAGGAACCCGCCAAGUCAAGAUCUGCAUCGCCAGCUCAGUCCGCAACUGAAAAGGAGAAUGAAGAAAAGCCAGCUGAGAAGAAGCAUCGUUCAGACAGUGAACGCCGUUCAUCGUCGGCGUCUUCACGGGGAAGUAUUAAAAAGCCAGCGUCACACAAGAAGCGUCACUAUCGUUCCAACAGAGACUCUUCUACCAGCGUCAGUCCGCGUCGUAGCUCUCGUAGAGAAAGGAGUAAGUCUCGUCACCGCAGCAGCCGCAGGCGAUCCAUCGAGCGGCGCGAGCGAGACCGCGAGCGGGAACGGGAGAGGGAGAGGGAAAGAGAGAGGGAACGCAGGCGCAGGGAGCGAGAGAGGAGAGAAAGGUCACGCGAACGUCGACGAUCGCUUGAAAGACGUAGAAGGUCCCGUUCACGCUCUCGACGACGUUCUAGAGACAGGUCGCGCGACCGCCGUCGCUCGAGGUCGCGCCGCCGCUCGCGCUCGCUGCGCCGCUCCGGGCGACGGUCCCGCGACAGGCGCUCCAGGGACAGGCGCUCGAGGGACAGACGGUCCAGGGAUCGAUCCAGGGAUAGGAAAUCAAGGGAUCGCACUAAGGACAGAAGGUCAAGGGAUAGGAAGUCCCGUGACAGGAGAUCUAGCGACCUCAUUAAAGAGCGUUUAGAGAAAUCUGUUUCUAUUCCGCGUAAAGAAAAUCUAGACAAACUUCGCCCCAAGUCAAUAGAGCGGGUUUCUUUACCGCGAGAAGAAGUAAAGGUUCAAGUAUCUAGUUCAAGUCGAGAGUCGUCAGUUGCUAAUGAUAAAUCUGCCUCUCAGGAAGAAAAUGUGGUAAAAUCUACUCACUUGUCUGAUGAAGACGACUUUAUUCCUAUACCUACGUUGAGAGAAUAUUCAAGGAGCCUCAGUCGUACUCCGUCGCCUUUCGUAAGGAGACAUAAAACAUCUAAGAAAUCAGAUAGAUCCGCGGAUGAGGCGUCAGAAAAAGAACAGGAACAACAAGAAUCCAGAAAGCAAGAAGUCGAAGAAAUUAAGAAACCGAAACGGAAAGCAAAGCAAUCGGAGUCUGAAAGCGAAAGUAGUGAAGAGGUACCUAAGUCGAAAGGUAAGGCCAAACUAAAGCGUAAAGAAAAAGCCACGUCAAAAAGGUCUAAAAAAUCCAAAAAAGAAACUUCUUCUAGUGAUAGUGACUCUGACGAUUCUUCGUCCAGCGAUUCAGAAGAUGAAAGGAAAAAGAAAAGCAAGAAGACUUCCAAGAAAAAGUUGGCAAAGAAAUCUCGCAAGAAGAGGGCUCGUUCCUCGAGUUCUGAUUCUAGUUCUGAAGAAGAGGUGAAACAUAAGAGCUCUAAAUCCAAACAAAAGAACAUUCCAGAAGAGUCGGAUAGUGAUAAAAAAGGAAAGAAACGUAAAGAUUUAAGUAUGGAAAGAUCUAAAUCUGACAAAGGAGAUAUUAAGCAGAGCAAGUCUAAGAAACCUGAAAACUCAGAAGACUCAAAUGAUGAUAGUUCGGAGAGUGAUGAAAAAUCGAACAGAAAGAAGAAUAAGCAUGAAUCAUCAUCAGAAAAAGAUGUACGGCGUAAAAAAGCCGAUGCUGCCAAAGCAAUUUCCCCCGAAGUGUCAAAAUCGCGACGGGAUGAUAAAUCUGGAAAACCGAAGCAAACCGAGGAGAUAAAAUCAAAAUCUCGCGAUGACUCUGAAAAGAAGGGUAAAAAACGUGAAAAGGAAGAUUCAUCUUCAGACAGUGAUCAAGUGGCUAAGAAAAAAGCGAGGAAGAAAGUAUCCGAGUCAGAUUCUGACUCUGAAAGUGAUGAGCCCAAAAAAUCGAAGAGGGCUAAAAAGCACAAGAAGCAUUCAAAGAAACAUAAGAAGCAUAAGAAACAUAAAAAGGCAUCAAAAAAGAAGGACGAUUCUUCUGAAAGUGAGGAGGCGGAAGAGGAAGAUGAGGGAAAAGUCAACAAUGAGGAUUUGGAAAAAAAGCUUCGCGAAAGAGCUCUUAAGUCUAUGAAGAAACAAACUAGUGUUUCUGGAUCCGACUAAAUUAAGUUUUAUCUAAAUUUAAAUAUUUUGAGUAUUUAUACUUAUGUAUGUUGCGUACAAACAAUUUAUGAAUUUGCAACAUAAUGUCUUGUAUGAUCCAUUUCAUAGAAAAGAUACAAAUUUUACUUUAAAUGUUUGUACCCACCUCACAAGUGUAGACGUAAUAUUCUGAUUUACACUGUCAACAAGAAAAUGGAAACAUGUAAUUUUUAAGUAUGACUAUUUCUUCGUUAGUAAUAAAGUUUGCAAAAUAGAAA